UACUGUCCCUGCGAUGAGGCCUGGCCGCUUUAGGGACUACAUCUCCCAGCAUGCGCGGCGCCGUCUCCAUGGUAACCUGGAGGGGGCGCCGGUGCGCAGGCGCGCGCGCUGAACGCUGGGAGGAGACUCGGCGCCGGGGGAGAAGAGAGGAGAGGCCGCGAUGAUUGAUUUUUAUUUUGUUUAGGUGACAGUGUAUCAGAAAAUCUUCAACUUUUAUCAAAGAACAAGCAAAUCAAGAUCUUUAAUGUCUCUGAGCACCUCAACUAGCCGUAAAAAUGCAGUUGCUUUUUCUUCCAAUCAGUUCAGGUCUUGCGCCCUGGGACAUCCUCAGCAUCUGCUACUGCUCAAUCUGCGACCAUACAAAGAGCAAAAUUGUGCAGGAGGACAGAUUCAAUGCCGGGCUCUGUCUCUGGAUGAGCAUGAUUACCGGACACAAGGCAAGACUGCAGACAAUGAACAUUUCACAGCGGUGUACAGGUUUCAAGGAAUACGAUUCUUCAGCGCUAUAUCCAAGUUUAAACUAGUUCAGACUGGCAUAACUGUAGCUCUCCUGCCUCCAGUUUACUACUUUUACCUCCAGGACCUGGUGCAGUGUUCUUUGGUCAGUUACAUCACUGGGCUAUCGGGUUUUGCCAUUGUCAUGCUCUACUCCAUGAGUUACUAUCUAAGGCGUUUCAUCGGGAUGUUGUAUUUGAACGACUCUGGGACCACACUGAUGGUUUCACACCUGACGUUUUGGGGAAGUAGGAAUGACUUUUAUGUUCCAGUUAAAGAUGUCGUGCCUCUUGGAGAUACCGGGGAUGCAACAAGUGAAAGUAUUCUGCAGUUUAGAAGGUACAAUAGCACUGAAGUUUUCUACUUCACUAUUAAGUUUGGCCAGGUUAUUGACAAACAAAAAUUCUUGCAGAUAUUUGGUUGUAUUCAAUGAAUAAAGAAUUCUAGAUUUGCAUUCUGUUCUAAUAACUUGUAAACUAUGAUGACAAAUAUAGAUACUGAAGUAAA